AUGAAGUACUACCAGCUGGAUGGAUCGUGUAACAACCCGUUGCAUCCUCGUUGGGGGUCAGCGAACCGGCCUUAUAAGCGGCUGGUGGCUGCUAACUACGCCGACGAUGUAUCCGAACCAGCCCACGCUCAAUCGGGGUCAUCGCUGCCAAACGCUCGGAAGCUUUCGAUGAACCUUUUCGGUGAGACGGAGAUUGAGCAUCCAAGGAACACGCUUGUCAGCAUGCAGUUUGGGCAGUUUGUGGCGCACGAUCUCAGUUUCACCUCCGGGGCUGAUGGGAUCGAAUGCUGCGUGGAUGGUAAAAUGGUUCCAAAACAGCUAGCAUUUUCAAGGUGUUUCCCGAUCGAGGUGCCCGAGGACGAUCCAGUGAUGAGUGAAGAAGGUAUCGAGUGUAUGAACCUGGUGCGAACGCAAACCACCCUUGAGGAUCCUUGCGUGGAGACGACCUCAUCAGCGGCUCAACAACUCUCCUCAGUCACCGCUUUCCUGGAUCUAUCGGUUGUGUAUGGAAACUCGCUUGAACAGGCCAACAGUUUGCGUGUUCGAAGCACAGGUCAGAUGGCAAUCGAGGUUCGACAAGGCACGCAAUGGCCUCCGAACCAUCCCAACGGCAGCAGCACGUGUCAGUUGGAGAAUCCAAAUGAACCGUGCUAUCUGACCGGAGAUGUACGCUCCAACCAAAGCCCUCAUUUGACGCUGCUUCAUCGGGCGUUUUUGCUCGAGCACAAUCGACUAGCUACGGUGCUUUCGGAGCUGAACCCUACCUGGGAUGAUGAGCGAUUGUUUCAGGAGGCACGUCGCAUCAACAUCGCACAGUAUCAAUCGAUCGUGUACGAUGAGUGGUUGCCGAUUUACCUCGGGCGUGAGAACAUGCAAGCUGCGGGUGUGUUGCCGAGCUUACAAACUCCUGACGUCGUAAGGGACUACGAUCCUGAGGUGGAUCCGACCGUGAGUAACGCUUUCGCUACGGCUGCUUUCCGGUUUUUCCACAACUUGAUCGCGGGCCAUCUUGACUUGGUAGCGGAAUCGAUGCAACCAACUGGUGCGAUCCGACUGUCUGAUUGGAUCGAUAAACCCUCGGUGUUAGAGCAGGGCGACAACUUCCAGGCGUUAACACGUGGCAUGGCGACUCAACCGCAUGAUCGCGCAAACAGACACCUCUCACCCGAGGUGAAGCACUUCCUAUUCCGACACGAUCGUCCUUUGGGUGUGGAUCUAAAAGCAAUCGACAUCCAACGGGCACGAGAUCACGGACUGGCCAAUUACAACGACUUCCGGGCACACUGUGGCCUUCCACGCGUUAGCUGGGCUGAUUUUGAUGAUCUGCUUCGACCCACUGCAGCACGACAUCUACCCGACCAGUAUGGUGCCGUGGAGGACGUCGAGUUAUCGGUAGCUGGAGCACUUGAACGUCCCACUGGUGAUGGAAUGGCUGGGGAAACGUUCAGCUGCAUUCUGUUGGAUCAGUUCCGACGAACGCGAGUUGGUGAUCGAUUUUUCUUUGAGAACGGAAACACGUUCACGUCACGGCAGUUGUUCGAGUUACGGAAAGCUUCGAUGGCACGAGUGCUUUGUGACAACACAGAGGGUCUGGCGGAGAUUCAACAGAAGGCGUUCUUCCUCGUGAGUGAGCAGAAUCCCGUUGAACCAUGCGCUCAGCUGCCAGAGGUCAAUCUGAUUCGAUGGCGCAGCACGAAACCAGAUGCCUAGGAUGUGAUAAUUUAUCACUUUUUUACGAGCCUACAAACAAACUAAGAAGUCAAGUACAAUGUUUCAUUAAAUUCAUAAUAGGUAUUCAUUAAGGACUGCUUUUGCGAGGAUAAAUUUGUACCAUUUUUCUGAUGCUGAAUGCCUAAUAAUCAAGUCAGCUCAACUGACGGCAUUAUUUGAAUACACCUGAUAUUAUUCCAAUGCAGUUGGAGUUUAUCACCCCUCAUUUGUACGUAAUUUUCGAACGCCCGCUCAAAUAAAUCACUUCGUUUUGCCUUGCAGCAUCAUAA